AUAGUUAUAAUUCACCCCAAUAGUAUUAAGCAGCGCCAUCAUGCGUACGGAUUGAUGUUGUAUUUUUAUUCCAUGUCGUGUUCCUUUUCUAGUUAGCUUGUUAGCAAUAUGGUGGCCAGUAAGAAGCUCCCAAGGGUACCGGAGUCCCUCUUGAAAAAGAGGAAGGAGUACCAGGCACAGAAGGCAAAACAAGCACAAGCUGCUAUUCUUAAUAAGAAGAAAAACAAGGAGAAGCGAAAGAUAAUCUUCAAAAGAGCUGAGCAAUAUGUGAAGGAAUAUCGAAUUAAGGAAAGAGAUGGAAUCAGGCUUGCACGCCAAGCAAGAACACAUAAUAAUUAUUAUGUUCCUGAUGAACCAAAACUCGCAUUCGUUAUCAGAAUCAGAGGUAUCAACCAAGUGAGCCCAAAGGUGAAAAAGGUUCUUCAGCUUUUUAGACUUCGUCAAAUCCACAAUGGUGUUUUCAUCAAGCUGAACAAACCAACUCUACAGAUGUUAAGGAUAGCUGAACCAUACAUUGCUUGGGGAUACCCUAACUUGAAGACCGUUCGUGAAUUGAUCUACAAAAGAGGUCAUGGAAAGGUCAACAAAUCCAGGAUUCCAAUCACAGAUAACAACAUCAUUGAAGACUCUCUUGGCAAAAAGGGAAUCAUCUGCGUUGAAGAUUUGAUUCACGAAAUCUUCACUGUUGGCCCCAACUUUAAGGCAGCAGCAGCUUUCUUGUGGCCAUUCAAACUAUCCUCUCCCCGUGGUGGCUUCCAGAAGGUGACCAACCACUUUGUUGAGGGUGGUGACUGUGGCAACAGAGAGGACAAGAUAAAUGCUCUUGUUCGCCAGAUGAAUUAAAUUCCGCAAUCUG